AUGGUUGCUGCACAAGACACGUAUUCAACGAAUGAUGAUGUCACGGGAUUUAAUGAUUGUGUGUCAAAAGAACUAAUUGAUCUUGUUUGGGGAACUGAUGUUCAACAAGCAAUAUUUGAUCGAUGGUCACAAGGUUUUAUUUUUAGUGAAAAUGAACAAUCAGCAUUAAUACAAUUAGAAGGUGGUCCAUGUUCCGUAUUAACAACCGUUCAAGCAUAUUUAUUAAAAGAACUCAUAUUUUGUUCACGUUGUACUCAUAAUUGGCGUACCGCACCUAAAGACGAAAUUGAUGUGCAUUUUUUAAACGCUCUUUUAUCUAUUAUUACAUUUCUUAGUCAACCACAACAACAAAUCUUUAUUUUAGCAUCAUUAGAACAUAAUUCUCAAACAACAACAAUUCCUAGUACCACUUCAAAGAGUAAUGAUGCAACAAAUUCAAAUCAAUUAUCAUUUGACACAUUCCAUUCAAAAAUUAAAUUUCAUCAUAUUACAACUCAACCAGCGCUAAGAACAUUUAUCUAUAGCCAUUUGAAAAUGUGGAAAGCAGGCUAUGGUGUAUUACUCUUUUUAUAUUCAUGUCUAAUGACAAAAUCUAUUCAAAAAUUAAUUAAAGAAAUUGAUGAUGUAACAAGUUUACCAUUAAUUGAUAUUUUUCAUGGUCAUGGUAGUCAAUGUUUAACAAAUUUAUUGAUUACUGGUAUUGCCACUCCUCAUUGUUUCGAUGGUGAAAAAGAUGUUGAAGGUUUAAAAUUACACGGUGUUCCAUCACAAGCAGCCAUUGGAUUUUUAUCAACAUUAGAAUCAUUAAAUUAUCUAGAAGUUGGAUGGCAUUUAAAAAAUCCGAAAUAUCCAUUAUGGAUAUUGGGUUCAGAAACACAUUUGACAGUAUGUUUUAGUCGAGAAAAAUCUCUAGUAGAAUCAUCUGAUGAUGGAGAAGUACAACGACAACCAUUAGAAACACCAUUAAAACGAACAUUAAAAAUAUUUCGAAAAUAUGAUACAGAAAAAAAUGGUUUUAUACAAACAUCGGCAUUAGAUACAAUUAUAGAUGAAAUUAAAGAGUUUAAACCAAUUACUGGUUUUCAAUUGACACCUCAAUCAACAAUAACAAAUUUAAAACGUAAAAUGGAUCCUGAUAGUUUAGAUAUUAUCACGGAACAAGCAUUUAUUCAAGAAUUAUUUCCAGACGAACAAAGUAGUAAUAAUCCAAAAAAACAACAAUUAAAAAAUAGUCCAUUAUCAGGAAAACCAUUUGUUAUCUAUCAUUAUAAUGGAUUACCACGGUCAAAUAAAUCAAAUAUAGUCCACUAUGUUAGUGGUGAAGCAAUGAUUGGUGAUUAUGGCUAUGGAAAUGAAACAUCGCCACAAGCCAUGCAACCUGUUGUACCAGGUAGUUAUUUGCCAAUAACUGGUGUUUUACGAACAAAAUGGGCUACAAUUGAGAUACGAUGGGAUGAUGAUGCGAGACCAUCGUUAAAUUAG